ACUUCUAACUGUUGAGGUUAGGUUAUAAAUUAUCUUUGUGGGUUGAAUCCGUUUCUUCCAAAUGUCUCCGUAAAAAUGUAGGAGUGCCUCAAGGUAAAGAAUUCAAAGCCAGUCUCCUUUUACGGUUUUGAGCGAUUUAAACGAGCAGAAUAAUUGAAUGGUGGUAGAAUAGCGUUUUAACCUAAAAGUUGUGUUGUGACAGUUACCCAAUUUCCUCAUUAGUUGGUGAUGAGAGUUCUUUUCCAGGCGAGCUCGUUCCUUUAAAAUUGAAAAUUAUGGAGAAUGAAAGCAAGGUAGACGAGGGAGAAGAAUCAACGGAGGGUGCGUCGGAGUUGGAUAUGGAAAAGAGACGCAUGGAAAGCGAGUGUGGGCCUUCAACGAGCCGUUCCAAGAGAUAUCGGUCGAAACUUUCAGAGUUUAUCUCGAGUAAUAGAGGCCAACAACAACCGGCAGAGGAUGUAAUCCUUGUAGACGUGUAUGAAAAGGCGGAAGAUGCCCAAUAUUUAAUUAGGAAACCCACCGGAAUUGUGUUCGAUGACCUUACAUCUUUGCAUAGGUGCGAAUGGGACCCCAAUUAUAUUGAACAUCCUGGCAGAUUUCAAGCAAUAAUGGACAGAUUGAAAGUGGCAGAUGUUUUGGAUCGCUGUAAACGUUUAUCAUACACUUUUCCUAGUAAUGAGGACCUAUUGGAGGUACACACACAGGAAAUGAUUGACAAAUUACGAGCAAUAUCACUGUCCAAGGAAGAGGAAUGGGAAGAUCAGGCCGCUUGCUAUGAUUCUGUUUAUUUUAAUGAAAGCACUUUUACCUCUUCUAUGAUAGCUGCUGGCUGCGCGAUUAGUUUGGUAGACGCAGUGUGUAAUGGGGAGGUUCAAAAUGGUAUGGCGAUUGUCAGGCCACCGGGACAUCAUGCAAUGAGCGAUAAUUUUUGCGGUUUUUGUAAUUUUAAUAAUGUAGCCAUCGCAGCUAAAUAUGCCCUUGGAAAGAAGUUGGCCAAUAAGAUUUUAAUAGUUGACAUAGAUGUGCACCACGGCCAGGCCACGCAACAGACAUUUUAUAAUUCGAAUAAUGUUUUAUACUUUUCGAUUCAUCGCUACGAGCAUGGCGCGUUUUGGCCGAAUUUAAGAGAGAGCAACUUCGACUACAUUGGCGAAGGGGCAGGAAAGGGGUACAACAUAAAUUUCCCUCUGAAUGCGCACGGACUGGACGACUCAAGCUAUAUGGCCAUUGUCUUACAAAUUCUGCUACCGGUGGCUUACGAGUUUAAUCCAGACUUGAUACUUGUAUCGGCUGGCUAUGAUGCUGCUAUUGGAGAUUCGAAGGGUGAAAUGAUGGUAUCUCCUGCAUUCUACGGCCAUCUUCUAACGCUGCUAUCUGGCCUGGCUCUUGGAAGGAUGGUUGUCUGCCUUGAAGGUGGCUACUUUCUGCCGUCCUUAGCGGAAGGUGUUCUAAUGACUGUAAAAGCACUAUUAGGAGAUGCCUGUGCUUAUCUAAAUUGUAUGGAGAAGCCUCACCAUGUAGUCGUUGAGACAAUUAACGACUUACGAUCAGUGCUUGGUCGUUACUGGAAGUGCUUUCGCAUGUACUCGACAUGUCCUAGUUCUGAGGAUGUGCAUAAAGUAACUGCCAAAUUUGUCGGUGUGCCACCCGUACCCCCAUAUGAAACCCGAAAUUGUUAUCCUCUCUUAUCGCCUAUACUGAACCAGUUUUAUAACGAUACGAUUGAGAAGCUACGUGAUGAAUACGAGCUUGUUGGUGACAACAGAUUAGUGGGUUGUUGUUUUCAUCGGGAGAUGUUACUACACAAACCUGUCGAACCGCAUUAUGAAAACCCGGGUCGCUUAUCAGCUAUAUGUGAUAUAUAUAAAGCUUGGAUGUUACACACGCGAUGUGUAAAUGUCAAGCCACGAGAGUUGAAUGUUAAUGCUUUGAGAGCGGUUCAUGGUGAGAGAUAUAUAGAAGAAUUAGUGAGUGAAAGAUUUGGUAACAUUAUUCAAAGCCACCGAGAUAUGUACUACAAUGAACACACUUUGGAUGCUAUAAAGAAGGCAAACGCGUGUCUGCUGACGCUAGUUGACUACAUGGUUAGGGGAAUUUUCAGGAGCGGUGUGGCACUGAUUAGACCUCCAGGACACCAUGCUGAACCACACUCUGCCAUGGGCUUCUGUUUUGUAAAUAACGUUGCAGUAGCUGCGAAGGAACUAUUAAAAGAUUGCAAUAGAGUCGCGAUUGUAGACUUCGAUAUACACCAUGGAAAUGGCACCCAAAAUGUAUUUUACAAUGAUGAUCGGGUGCUGUACAUCAGUAUCCAUAAAUUUUUUCCAGAGAGUUUUUUCCCGAAUACGCCUGAAGGUGACUCUACCUAUUAUGGAGAAGGCAGAGGGAAAGGCUACAAUGUUAAUGUUGCUUUGAGAGGACAUAACAUGCAUGACGUGGAUUACAUGACCAUUUUCUUUUCUGUAAUUUUACCGAUCCUUUACUCGUAUAAUCCCCAAUUCAUAUUGGUUUCGGCGGGAUUCGAUGCGGGUAUAAAUGAUCCAUUGGGAAAAUAUAAACUCUCGCCUGAAUGUUUUGGUCACUUCAUACAAAUCCUAAAACCGCUUGCGAAAGGGCGCAUAAUUUUGGUUCUGGAAGGAGGAUAUAAUAGAAGUACUGUAAAGUAUUCCAUGAACCUCUGCAUCAAAAGUUUGUUAGGUGAUCCUCUACCAAGUUUAGAUUGUUCUAAAAGAAUUGACCCUGAAUGUAUGAAGGCGAUUGCGAAGGUUAAAUCAAUUCAUAAGUCUUUUUGGCCCAUACUGGACGUAGAUAAAAAAGUUGAAUGUGAUCCGAAUGAAAAUAAAGAUAAAGAGCCUAACACUGGCAAGCUCAAACUUCGUUCUAUGAAAAGUUAACUUAUUAAGGACAAUCUUCCUCGUUAUGUACAUUUAAGAUAUCUUUUAUUUACUAAGUUUGUGUUGCUAUUUGUAUUAAAAAUAUUAAGCUGUUCCUAAAUUUGUAUUAAAAAUAUUAAACUGUUCCUAACA